AUAUUUAUGUAUCCCAUGACUAUGUGCUUAUCAAGUUUUGACCCAAAAACAAGAUAAAGGUACUUUUGCAGUAGAUUAAAUUUACAAGUAUAAAUCUCGCACCCUUCAGUUGACAGAAAGUAGACCUAGUUUUAAGUGUUUAGCCAAGUUAAAUCAUUUGUUAGCAUGGUGACAUUGGAUCGUAAAAAGAUUUUAGGGGUGGGAGGUUUUGCCACUGUUUUCGAAGGUGCUUGGCGUGGAGUGAAAGUUGCAGUCAAACGAAUUCCCCUAGAAAAAGCCGCGAGUAAUGAACAAGAAGAGAAGGCCUUAAAAAUGUUGGAUCAUACCAACGUCAUCAAAUUAUUUCACGUGGAGGAGGAUCAAGACUUUAAAAUGUUCGUCCUUGAACUGUGUGAUGCCUCGUUAGAUAGACUAUUUCUCAAAGAAGAUGAUCCGAAAAAAUACAGUGGUCCAAUGCCGCAAACAACAGAAGUUCUUCUCCAGUUGGCCAAAGGACUCGAGUAUAUACAUCAAACGGGAUUAGUCCAUCGCGACAUCAAGCCACAGAACGUACUCAUCCUUUUGGAUACUACAACCCAACAAGUGGUGAUGAAGUGGGCAGAUUUUGGUUACAGUAAACGUGUCAACGAAAGAGGUUCUUUCUCGAUGAGCGGAGUCAAAGGAACAUACGAUUAUUUCGCACCGGAAAUAUUGAAAUUACUGGACGAGGACAGUUCUACUGAUAACGAAGCUAAGAAAAGAGGAACCGUCAAGAGCGAUGUAUUUGCCGAAGGCCUCGUCUUUGGCUACUUCCUUUCGGAAGGUGUUCAUCCAUUUGGCUCCUCAAGUCAUCAAAUCCUAGUUAACGUACGAAAAAAGGAACCAGCCAACCUUCCCCAAACGGAAAAAAUUCGUAAUAUAAUCACAGAAAUGUUAGAAAAAGAACCAGAUAAUCGAAUUUCAUCAUCUGAUGUCGUAGAUCGAUUCACAAACAUUCUGAAGAAUUCACAACAGAUGUUUACGUUACUAGCGGGAAGGAACCCAAGUGUGGAAGAAUUAGGAAAACUGAUUCUAGAAGGUGUGGACAUCAACGUCAAAGACCCAAAUGGAUUGACACCACUAUUACACGUAGCGGGAAACAAAAUUAGAAGUGACAAGGUGGUUGAGAUAGUUAGUCUCUUGAUCCAACACGGAGCCAACCUCAAUUCAAUGGACAGGAAGGGUAAAAAUGCUCUUCUUUUGUGGUGCGAAAAUCGUAAACAAAAUUAUAACAAAAGUUUUCUUGCAAUCAUCAAUCUCUUCCUUGCAAAUGGGAUCGAUAUCAAUUGCAAAGACGAAAACGGAAAUAAUGCUCUCACUUUAUUGUGCGCAAAUUAUAAAAACGAAAAUUUAAUUGAAAUUACUCGAUUUUUGAUUGAAAAGGGGAUCGAAGUCAAUUGCAUAACCGAGUACGGAAAUAAUGCUCUCACUUUAUUGUGCAAAAAUUAUCAAAACGAAAAUUUAAUUGACAUUAUUCGAUUUUUCAUUAAAAAGGGGAUUGACGUCAAUUGCAAAAACAAAGGCGGAGACAAUGCUCUCACUAAAUUGUGCGAACAUUAUAAAAACGAAAAUUUAAUUGACAUUACUCGACUUCUCAUUGAAAAUGGGAUCGAUAUCAAUUGCGAAAACAAUGGCGGAGACAAUGCUCUCACUUUAUUGUGCAGAUGGUAUAAAAACGAAAAUUUAAUUGACAUAAUAAAACUGGUAAUUAUAAGUGGAUUCAAUGUGACAAAAGAAACGCGUGACUUCUUUCAAAGAAAUUAUAAGGAAGAAAAUCGAAAUGAAGUCUUGCAAUUACUAAAUCCACCAACAAAAGGGCUCAGAAACGUGUCUUGGUGUUAUUUGUUCUGAAUUUUUUAGACAACUUGCAAAGUCGCAAUACAUAAAUAUGUCAGUUUGUCAUCUGUUUUGUCAUCGUAAUUCAAUACAAUUUUGCCUCAGAAUGUGGUUAUCAAUAAGAUGAAUCUUAAAAACUGCAUUACCAAUUAACAAAUAAACUAACGAGCACCUUAACUCCAUUAAUCAAACCCCUACCAAAUACAACUCUUUAUGUAUCUCGA